AUGGCACGGGCGCAAAGAAGCCGAGAGCGAUACCACUCCGAAUCGACAGAUCAAGAGCGCGAGCGUUCACUUGGAGGAUUCGACCCUCGAAGCGGGCCACCCACAGCUUCUCGGGGAAUAGUGGCGGCCGCCAAUGCUGCACUUGCGAAUGCCAGAACAGCUCAUGCUCACGAUUGGACAGUAGUUGGAAACGUCUUGCCUAUGCCAUCUGACAUUCGGCGCUUCCCGAGAGAUGCGAUCAAUGGAGCUACGGAGUACACGUCUCAGCUCAUAGAGCUUGUCGCUGCGUAUCUCGGCUUGCAAUUACCCUUUGCAUUCGUUAACGACGCUGGUGCCCUUACUGCUCGACAAUGUCCGCUCUGGUCUCGUAGCAAAAUGUGAGUCGGCAUUCAAGUGACCUUACCUUGAAUCGUGGUGCAUUGCUUGAACAAAUCCAUUCCUGUUGCUCGCAGCCCUGAAGUAUCUUUGUACCUCUCUAAUUCUGCCUAUGACGUCUUGACUUCACCUUCUCCGCUUAGUGGAGGUCCGAGCAGUCUGGCAAUGUCCACUCUGUCCACACUCGAGUCUUUCGUACAGCUGCCGGGUGGCAACCACUUCUCUUGGGGUCUUGCGUCUAUGCUCGGAGGCAACGCAGGCCGCAACGAGGCAGGGUCAGCGUUACAGGACGAUGCACCGAACAAAAGGAUAUCUGCCUCCCAAAAUCAGUCACAGGCGCGGAACGCAGCAGCAGUGUCCAGCAGGGCGGCGGCUAUCAUCGGGGGUGAUGAUCCAGCAAACUCUGCUGCCUUCAACUUUGUUCAGCUAUUGACCAUCAUUGCCUACAAUGCUGCUUUCAUUGCGCAAAAGCAAGGCGUCGGUGUGGAUCUGCACGAAGCUGCUGGAAGCACUUUGCGUCUACUGUCCAGGGCGGUGACGAGCCCCGAACUCGGCAGGUGCGUCGGCGGGAGCUAUGGUGUCACUCGAUGAGAGGCAAACUGACAGAACUUGGUCUGCCUUUUGAUGUCACGUCAAAUGCAGGUACUCGCACGCCAGCUUUCAUGGCUCGAGUCAUCUCAAGGGCAUGUCCAUGGUCGAUCUGGACUUUGA